AUGAAAGCAUUUGCACAGUUUUGGGUCUCCGGAGGUCCGCAUGUCGUCGGAGGCUUGGCAUUGGCGGUUCUGGAUCUCUUGAUCUCGAAGAUGUUGCCGAGUAAAACAGACGGCGGCGGCCCGGAAUCCCUUGUUUCCUCAGCGACGACCGAAGCCUCUUGGGCUCCACCACAGCACAUUAUACAGACGUAUGAACAAACCUAG